AUGGCGCCCUACUUCGGCCUGACAGGCCGCAAGCUCCACGCCGCCGUCUGGAUCAUAUCCUGGGUGGCCGUGAGCAUGUUUGGCUACAAUGGAGCGGCAGCUGGCGGCGUGCUCAAUUCGCCCGCCUUCCAGAAGCAGUUCCCCAGUAUCGACGUGGAGACUGCACCGCCAGGCCAGGCUCAACACCGAUCCACCAUCCAAGGUACCGUCGUGGCAACAUUCACUUUGCUCGGCACGGUUGGCGCGCUUGGUUGCAUCUGGGUUGGCGACAUCCUUGGCCGACGCAAGACACUCUUCCUGGCAUGCUCUAUCAACUUAAUCGGAGCCAUCUUGAUAGGCACCGCGUACUCCCUGGCCCAAUUCGUUGUCGCGCGUGUGUUUCUUGGUAUCGGGGUUGGUGGUAUCAUCUCGACCAUUCCGGCGUGGCAGAGCGAGCUUUCCCGAGCGGAAAGUAGAGGCUCUCAUGUCUCGAGCUUUGGCAUCUACUGCGGUACCGGUCUCUCCUUGGCUCUGUGGCUGGCAUAUGGCCUGUCUUUCACUACGGGAGAAGUGACGUGGCGUCUGCCCGUUGCCGGCGGCGGCGUGCUCGCCGUCAUCGUGAUGACCUUCAUCUUCUUCCUCCCAGAAAGCCCGCGGUGGUUGAAGCUGAAAGAUCGUCAUGAGGAGGCCCGACGAGUCCUCGAAGCGUUGCAUCCGGGCGACCCUGACACGAUCAACAAGGAGAUUGAGGAUAUUGAGCUUGCGCUCAAGCUGUCGGUGAAGCAAGCCAGCCUCAAGUACAUGUUCACCAUGGGACCGCAAAGAGUCUUUCACCGCGUGAUGUUGGCUUGCAUUGUCCAGAUUAUGCUACAGUUUACCGGAGUCAAUGCGAUCGCCUACUACACCCCUACGAUCUAUGCCAACAACCUCCAUUUCCCUGCUGUUGAGGCUGGUGCGUUGGCCGCCGCUUCCCAAGCAAUGAUCAUCCUCGGAGGCAUCAUCUGCUCCUUCACCGUCGAUCGCUUCGGCCGCAGGCUGUUGAUGUUAGUCUCGGCUGCAGGCAUGUCCAUCUGUCUUGCCAUCGUCACCGGGCUCACCUCGAAUGGUAGCCCUGCCGCUUCGAAGGCCGCCGUCGUCUUUCUGUACUUGUACUAUAUCGUCUACACGCUGGGCUUCAUCGGCAUUCCGUUCUUGUACGCCAGUGAAAUCGCCCCGGUGCAACUCCGAGCCCCCAUUUGUGGUUUGUCGACCGGUAUCAGCUGGGUGUUCAACUUCUUGGUGGUCGAAAUCACACCCGUGGGCUUCACAACCAUCGGCUACCGAUACUUCAUCAUCUACGCCGUCUUCUGCGCAUCCUUCGUCCCAAUCGUAUACUUCUUCUACCCCGAGACCGCCGGCCGUUCCUUGGAGGAGAUCGACGCCAUCUUCGUGGAGGCCACAUCCAUCUGGGAUGUGGUGAGUGUGGCGAAGAAGAUGCCCAAGCACCAUCUUGCGGAGCACAAGUUUGAUCAGAAGAUUGUGGAACAACUUCCUGUUGAAGACAAGGAGCCGAAGCUGUCGCAUGGUGAGGAGUCUCCGUAG